CCCAACUUUAUCAUUCAUCUUCAACUCGACUCUCACUGCCAGAGUUAAGCUGAGGGCAUAUUCAAUUCACUCCAGUACAGGAUCUAUAAUCUCAUUGUAUUUCUUGCAGGCAUCUUAUCGAUUGAGUUUCCUGUUCCCCUCCCCGAUCCUCAAUCACAUCACACCUCACUACUUGCCCCUCAACUCAACAAACCCCACUAUCAACAAACAUCACCACCAACAUGGCUUCCGAUCUGGAAACGCUGAUCGAGAUGGGCUUCGACAAGGAGCGCGCUGAGAUUGCCGUCAAGAAGUCAGGAGGCCUCCAGGGUGCUCUCCAGUGGUUGGAGGAUAACCAGGACAAGCCUAUUGAUGAGAUCAAGGCUGCUGCCGCCGCCAAAGAGGAAGAUGACGAUGAUGAAGACACCGAGGCCAAGAUCAAGGAGAUUGAAACUGGCAAGGCUGCUUCUCUUGUCUGCAAUGAGUGCGGCAAGAAAUUCAGAAACCAUGAUCUUGCUACCUACCACGCCACCAAGACUGAGCACACAGACUUUUCCGAAUCAACAGAGGAGAUUGCUCCCCUGACCGAAGAUGAGAAGAAGGCCAAACUCGAGGAGCUCCGCGAGCGCCUCCAAGCCAAGAGAGCCAUUCAGUCUGUCAAGGACAAGGAGGACCAGAAGCGCAAUGAGCAAAUCCGCCAAAAGUCCACCAAGGAGAGCCAGGAAGCCAAGGAAGAGUUGGCCAAAAAGCAGGCCGUCAAGGAAGCUGCAGCAAAGCGACAGGAGAAGAUCGAGGAUCAAGAGGCCAAGCGACGCAUCAAGGCCAAGAUCGAGGCCGACAAAGCCGAAAGACGCCGAAAGGCAGAGGAGGCCAAGGCCGCCAGAGAGGGCCGAGCUCCCCAGGCUGAGGCUGCUACACCUAGCAGCGCCGCCACUGUUGCCGCUGCGGCUAAGCCCAAGAGCAACCACAACGAGGCCCGACUUCGCCUGCAGACAGACGGCGGAAAUAUCACCAAGACUCUGCCCGCCGAAACAACACUGUUCGAGUUGGCACAGCAGGUCCAGAGCGAGACAGGAAACCCUGUUACCAGCUUCACGACCACAUUCCCACGAAAGACCUUUGAGGGCGAUGUUGACUUCUCCAAGACCCUGAAGGAGGCAGGAUUCGUUCCUUCAUCUGUUUUGAUCGUUAAAUAAAUUAUGACGUAGAUGCGAAAGUGUGCAUGGCGUGGCGUUGAUGGGAACAGCAGAGCAUAUGCUUGGUGCUACGAAAAAUGAAAACAUCCUCCCCAAGCAGAGAGAUAGAAGUUGGCACAGAGGUGCUCAAACCUCUGGUCACAAUCACAGAUCACUUUAGACGGUAGUCACAAUUUGAAGAAACCCAUAUUGAACUC